CUCCUGUUGCGCCAGCGCCUUUAUAUCAUCUCCCGGCCCCUUGCCCAUGGUUGUUGACUGCUGCGACUUGCCCGGUCGGCCCUCGCUCCCUCUGUUUGCUCGAUUCGAAUCAAAGUGAUUCCACCCACACAAUCUGCCGGCUGCCGUCUGCUGCCAUGCGGUAUUGACACCGAAUACGCCAGGAAACAGUGCCCCCCUUCGUUCCCUCCUCCUGCCCUACCCGACCCCAACCUGCCCUACCCGCCUCGCCCUCGGUAUACACUCGAUAGGUAUAGACAAUACAGCGGCCAUGGCGACUACCGUCCACAAUCUGCUGCACCCGCGGCAGCACCACCGGGAGAAGAAGGAUGGCCGUUCCCAGUCUCAGCAGUCUGGCCCGCUACACGACCGCAGUGACUCGGCCAUGGACCGCCCGCGCGAGGAAGAGAAGCGCACCCUGGCGCAGUGGGAGGAUCACAAGCGCACCUUGAGCCCUGACGAGAUAGACAAGGACCCGGAGAAGAAGGUCGUGGGCCACUCGUCCAAGGUGCUGCGACAGGAGGACUUUGAGCUGAUCAAGACGCUGGGGACCGGCACGUUUGCGCGCGUUUGGCUGGUGCGGUUACAAGACGCAAAGAACGGAGACGAGAACAAAGUCUUUGCCCUGAAGAUCUUGCGCAAAGUCGACGUGAUUCGCCUUAAGCAAGUCGAACAUGUCCGGAACGAGCGCAACAUCCUCGCACAGGUCGCAGGUCACCCCUUCAUUACGACCAUGGUCGCCAGCUUCCAAUCCCUCGACUCGUUAUACAUGGUGCUCGACUACUGCCCUGGCGGCGAAGUAUUCAGCUACCUCCGUCGAGCGCGCCGCUUCAACGAGCCCACGUCACAGUUCUAUGCCGCCGAGAUUGUCCUUAUAUUAGAGUUUCUGCACGAAAGAGAGGGCGUUGCCUAUCGCGACCUGAAGCCUGAGAACAUUCUUAUUGACGCCCAAGGACACCUUAAGUUGGUGGAUUUUGGGUUCGCAAAGAAAGUAGAGAAUCGGGAGACAUACACCCUCUGUGGCACACCCGAGUACCUGGCGCCUGAGGUGAUACGGAACACGGGUCACGGAACCGCAGUCGAUUGGUGGGCAUUCGGCAUCCUAGUCUACGAGUUCCUCGUUGGCCAACCGCCCUUUUGGGACCAGAAUCCGAUGAAGAUCUACGAACAAAUCGUAGAAGGACGCGUCCGCUACCCCUCCGCCAUGUCCUCGGACGCCCGCGACCUCAUCUCCGGCCUCUGCACUGUCGACACGUCGAAGCGCCUCGGCAAUAUCUCUGGUCGCUCGCAACGUGUAAAAGACCAUCCCUGGUUCAAGAACAUCGACUGGGAUAAACUAUAUAAUAGGGAGGUGGAUGGCCCGAUUGUUCCGCAUCUCAGGGGGCCAGCAGAUACGAGAAACUUUGAUGAGUAUGAGCCCGAGAGCGCGAAGAGAGACCCGUAUACCAAGGAGCUGAGCGACAAAUGGGAGGAGUAUUUCACCGACUUCUAGGCGGAGUGAGGGAGAAUGAGAUCCACCCGACCGCUACAGCGAAGUGAGAGGGCGAGCUCGUGCAAAUGAUUAGCGUACGAGCAAGAGUAGGACAGCAGGGGAGGGCAGGGGAAGCAUUGGCUCGU